AUGCUUUUUUGUAAUGACGGCAGCAGCCAUCCACCGAGCUCGCAUGAACCUACGACUACUUCACCUGGGCUGACUACGUGCCAGAUGGAGAAGCUGCCGGGUAAGCCAAGUCUCGAAAGCAGGCAAGAUGCUGCUGAAACGGAUCCACCUAAAUAUCCUUCAUCUACAGGAUCAUCAGCACCGCCUACCUCCGAAGAGGUUCAGGAGGAUGCGUCUAAGGCCACCAAAAUUCGCAAGCCCCCACAAGGUAGCAAGAAGAUGUGCACUUCCGAAGACGUGCAGGAGGAUGCGUCUGAGGCCACCAAACGUCGCAAGCCCCCACAAGGUAGCAAGAGGAUGUGCACUUCCGAAGAGGUGCAGGAGGAUGCAUCUGAGGCCAACAAACGUCGAAAAAAGAAGAUGUGCACCUACGAAGAGGUUAAGGAGGAUUCGUCUAAGGCCUCUAAACGUAGCAAGCCCCCCAAGUGUCUCAAGCCCCCCCAACGUCGCAAGCUUGGGAAGUACACAGACGAAAGGAGGUUUUCCGAUCGCCACUCAGAGCCGGAUGGACUCUCGACGAUGAGAGAUGAUUUAGCACCGCUAAACCUGCACUCUGUCCAGAAGCAGGUGGACAGCAAUGCACCAAAAGAUAGGGCGGUGACGCAGCACCUAGCAGAGGAGAGCAGUCGCCCAGAGGAGAAAGGCUAUGAAAAUACUGAGAAUAGAGCUAGAAUGGAGGCUCCCCCGCAAGAACUUCCCCCGCUCAAGAAGGCUCCCCCGCAAGAACUUUAUACUCCAAUUCAAGAGGAUGCUCCAGUGACUAGGAAAGUUUGGCAGCUCCGCUGUCGCCUGCACGAGGCAAAGACCAUUGUGAGCAGCAGCAGCACCAGCAGCAGCCGGACGAUGACGCACCUCGCCAGGGAAGCAGCCAUAAGAAUUUGCCACUUCAAAAGGCCGCUAUGGCAGCCCCGCUGUCGCCGGCACGAGGCAAAGCCCAUUGUGAGCAGCAGCCGCAGCCGCCGGACGAUGACGCACCUCGCCAGGGAAGCAGCCAUAAGAAAUUGCCACUUCGAAAGGCCGGUCCGCGUCACGCGCCAUGACUAUCAACAGCCAAGUGAAGAGAGCGCGAAGAGGCACACCUCAACUUUUCAAGAAGAGACCACGCCUCACCGCAAGCAUGCCCCGCCGUGUUCGAGCCAUCCUCCACGAUCGCGCAAAAGGGACUGCUCCUGUCCAGAAAUUCGCCAAGGUGAGGGUCAUUCCACGCUGGCGCCUCGCCUCGCCUCGCCUCGCCUCGCCUCCACCCUGGCGUCCGCUCCGGAGGAGCCCACUGUGGAGCAGGUUAUGAGUGCGAUAUACCUCUACGUGCCUCUAUCCGAAGCAAGCUACCAGCAGUACUAUGAGCUGAAUGAUGAUGGUUCACCGAGGUAG